AUGGCAUCAAAUAACAAUUUUCAAUGGGAUGCUCCCAACGAAUUGGAUCCAUUUCCAGUUCCAGAGUGGUGGGACACCGUACCUUACACUCCUAACACACCCGAACUGCCGCUGUUUGAUGAUCCAAUGAUCUUCGGCGACGGUGGCAUUCCGGAAUCUGAUCAUUCCGGGCUUGGUUUUCCCAAUACCGGAGGAGUGGAAUCUUUGGUCUUGCAAGAAGAACAAGGGAAUGAGAGUGGGAGGAGUUUGGAGGAAAACGUGGCAGCACCCCAGGUUUUGGAACCAGCGGCAGGAGACGUUACGCUGAGGCCUAAUGUGGAGAAUGAUGUGCAAAUUACGACUGAAGCAGUGCCACUCCACAUGUAUCCGCUCGUUGUUAUUCACGAGGAUGACAAGGUGGCUGGAAUUCAAGGCGACGGAGAAGCAAGCAGCAGUAGCACACAAAAGGCACGAAGAAGAAGAGGUCCUAUAACUGCGACGGUCAUUGAGGUUUCGUCGGUUUACUUUGAGUUCAUCAGAAACGCUCAUGAUCAUCAUUCAAACACCCACACUUUAGCUAUGUAUAAUGUCGGGUCUGGUCCUGAAGUAAAAGUGCCAGGCACAAAGGAUGAAACUCGUCUGGUUCGCCCUGAUUUGCUCAAAGAAUGGAGGGUGGAGACAAGAGAACGCCCUGAUAAAUCACAAGAUAAGUUUUUCACACAUCCAGCUUCCAGACGACAAUUUCGAUCUGUAGUUGAAGUGGUAAAGUUCAUCAAGACCGAAAACAACUUGCUAGGUCCAGAAGCAUUCCCGUCAUUAUGUAAUGGUAAGAAAAGAAGAUACUGCAAGAAAAAUGGUCACUUACAACACAACUUGAAGAAGUUGAAGAGGACGCCAAAGAACGAUUUUAAAUUCGAAGAGUUCAUGGCUAAUGCACACUUGAUUGUGUUGGAACCAUCUCCAACACCAACCGCAGACGCUGGUGGUGGGAUGAUGAAUACGGGAGAUGAUGAACGAAGUCCUGAGUUUUGGGCAGAAAUGAUCGAUGAACUUAGAAAUCAAUAA